AUUGACCGGACGGGCGCGCGCGCGCGGCAACACCGACGUCAGAGCGGCCGCCGAGCACGAGGUUUCGUCCCGCAUUGAUUUUAUUUUGAUCAAUCAAGUAACCAUGCCGAAGAACAAGGCUACCGGACCUGUAGCAGAAGAAAAAUUGGUAAAAAGGAGGUCACUUAGGUUGAGAGCGAAACCUGCUCCACCAAAACCAGCACCAAAACCAAAGAAGACAGUGGCUAAAAAAGAGAAGGCUGCCAAUGAUAAGAAGCAGGUUAAUAAAGCACCAGCAAGAGGAAGAAAGGGAGCUAAGGGCAAAGAAGAGAGCAACCAGGAGGAUGCAAAGGAAGAAACUCUCUCUGAGAAUGGAAAGGCCAAAAACAGCGAGGCACAAUCUGCUGAAAGCAGUGAAGAGAAAGAUGCCAAGAAUAGUAACUGAAUCCGCCCAUCAUCUACAUCAAUAGCAUCCAUGCCUCCAUACUGUAUUGUUAACAGAGAGGAAUAUUUUUUAUCAACUAUUUUAUAAAAACAAGUUUUUUUUUAGCAUGAAUUUAAUAAUGGAAACUCUCAAAACUCCAUAAUGUGGGGAGAAUGAAAACCCCAAAUAAUCAUUGUUUAAAAUGUGAUUGUCAUAGUUAUUCUGGUACAUGGAACAAGUAUAGCUGGUCGUCAUUGACUUCUGUCAGAAUGUCUGCAUUUUAGCAUCUGCAUUGUACUUAAAGGUCUGAAACUAAAAUUUCCAGCUAGUCUCAGUUUGUAAGACCAUUUUGUCUUAAAAUUUAAGAUAAUAAUAAUCCUUGCAUUUGAUAUAGCGCCUUAUCACGUCUUCGAGACGUCUCAAAGCGCUUCACAGGAUAAAGAUCACAAAGAAUUGCUUAAAAGAUUUUACACUUAAUUUGGAAUAUGGUCCUCAUUGACUGCAGUAAACUGAUUUCCAAAUUAAGACUGAAAUGAACAAUUUUCUCCAACACUGCGCAAGUUUAAUUUUUAAGACAAAAUUGACUUAAAGGCUACGAUAAGAUAGAAUUUUUGGCCUCUGAUCUUAAAAUGUCACCAGGUAUUUUUGGUGUUCAGUUACUACAAAUGGGAAUAUUAAGCAGAAAGCUGUUUUCUGUGUCAAAACAUUGCAGUUUUUGUGGAUUAAUUUUGUAACCAGGCAAAUAUUUUGGUGAAAAAACAUACUGGCCUGGGAGUCUAUUGAUAAAAAAUUUAAUUUUGAUUUGUCAUUGUAUAAAAAAAUUUGUAAUCAUGUAAAACUAGUUUCUAAUGAAAAUUAAUAAGUAUUCUAAAAGGCAAAUUGCUCCAUGGACCCACUUUCUGUCGGAUUUUGCGCUGGAUGAUUUACAUUAAUAAAAAAAACUCCCUCAAAA